AUAUGAUUUUGGCGCGCACAGAUUGACAUGCAUUUAUUGCAUCAGCAGCCACGAAUCAGACGUCCUGGGAUAGACUAGUCUGUGGCUCUUCCGGCUGCACCAAGAAGCCCCGCUCGGAGCCCAAACCCGGUAAGGAUUGACGCCUCUCAGGCGGGCAGCUUCCACAGUUUGGCACCAGCACGGCAGAGCGGGCAGCUGCUGGAAGUGAAAUUGAAAGUAAAGAUAGAGGGCGCUGUUCCCGCUAAAGUACAUGGCAUGCGUCUAUGUGCAAAGAAGAAGAAAAACAAGGAAAUGGUGGAGGGAGAGCCUGGCACUUAUUCUAUGUAACGACCGGCAGCAAAGAGUGGGGGCGAUAACCGAGCCUUGAUGGGUUAAAUACGCUCUCGCUGCAGCCAAAGAGGAGGAGGAUGGAUUACGAAUUUAAGAGCAAGCUGUCCGCCGAGCGGGAGAAAGUGGAGGAUCUGUUUGAAUAUGAAGGUUGCAAAGUGGGUCGAGGCACCUACGGGCAUGUUUACAAAGCUAAGAGGAAAGAUGGAAAGGACGAAAAAGAAUAUGCACUGAAGCAAAUUGAAGGUACAGGAAUAUCCAUGUCGGCUUGUAGAGAGAUUGCACUGUUGCGAGAGUUGAAGCACCCAAAUGUGAUUGCGUUACAGAAAGUGUUUCUGUCCCACAGCGAUAGAAAAGUUUGGUUGCUGUUUGAUUAUGCAGAACACGACUUAUGGCAUAUCAUCAAGUUUCAUCGUGCCUCAAAAGCAAAUAAAAAGCCCAUGCAGCUACCAAGAUCAAUGGUCAAGUCACUACUCUAUCAGAUCCUGGAUGGAAUCCAUUACCUGCAUGCAAACUGGGUGCUUCAUCGAGACCUGAAACCAGCAAACAUCCUGGUAAUGGGGGAAGGUCCUGAGAGAGGAAGAGUCAAAAUAGCUGACAUGGGGUUUGCCAGGCUGUUCAAUUCUCCUCUGAAACCACUAGCAGAUCUUGAUCCAGUAGUGGUCACAUUUUGGUACAGAGCUCCAGAGUUGUUGCUUGGAGCAAGACAUUACACGAAGGCCAUAGAUAUCUGGGCUAUCGGUUGUAUUUUUGCUGAACUAUUGACUUCUGAACCCAUUUUUCAUUGUCGUCAAGAAGAUAUUAAAACAAGCAACCCGUUCCAUCAUGACCAACUUGAUCGUAUCUUCAGUGUAAUGGGAUUUCCAGCAGAUAAAGACUGGGAAGAUAUCAGAAAGAUGCCAGAAUAUCCCACACUUCAAAAAGAUUUCAGAAGAACAACGUAUGCAAACAGCAGUCUAAUUAAAUACAUGGAAAAACAUAAAGUGAAGCCUGACAGCAAAGUCUUUCUCUUGCUUCAGAAGCUUCUGACUAUGGAUCCUACCAAAAGAAUCACUUCAGACCAGGCAUUACAGGAUCUCUAUUUCCAAGAAGACCCUUUACCCACAUCUGAUGUUUUCGCAGGGUGCCAGAUUCCAUAUCCAAAACGAGAAUUUUUAAAUGAAGAUGAACCAGAAGAAAAAGCUGAGAAGCAGACACAGAAUCAGCACCAACAACAAACGGCAACUCAGCAGCAGACUACAGUUCAGCAGCAGGUGCAGCAACAAAACAGCAGCCAGACAAAUGGUACAGGAGGAACAGCUGGAGCCACACUCCAGCACAGUCAAGACUCCAGUCUUAACCAGGGACCUCAGAAUAAGAAGCCUCGCAUGGGGCCUUCAGCCAAUAACUCUAGUGGACCCUCUCUGAUGCCUUCAGAUUAUCAGCACUCCUCUUCACGUAUGGGUUACCAAAGCAAUGUUCAGGGAUCUUCUCAGCCCCAGAAUGCCAUGGGCUACUCUACAACAUCUCAGCAGAGCUCACAGUACCAGUCCCACAGGUACUAGAAGGAAAACCACCAAAAGGAAACUAAGUACAUCAGAGGCUCCGGCUAGUUGAUGAACUAUUGCAUAGCCAUCCUCAAAUGUUUGGUGAACCUCGACCUUGGCUGAUCUUCUCUGAAGCCUGAGUUAACGUCAGUCACAAUAAGUUAGAAUAUGUGAUUGAAAGCCAGCACUUACCUGUUUGAUUUUUUUUAUGAUUUUAUUUUGUGCAGCUUUUCCUGGCAGUAAUAAUGACAGUGGUUUAUUUAUCUUGAUAAGGCUACUCAGUGGGAGUUCAUAUUGUAGAGAAAAAGAGGUAGUUCUGUAUAGUUUUUUAUCGUUAAAAACAAGACAAGAAAACAUAAAUGCACCUUUUUAAGCACUGCGUUCUGUUCACAGAGCAUUGCAGUUUUGCUAACAGAUGUCAAGAACAGGAAACUUUACUGUUCCAAAUUUCCUAUCCUUCUUUUUUUUUAACAGGAUUCUAAAAAAAUAUAUAUAUAAAAAUGGGAAAAAAGUUUGUGCCUGUACCAGAGACACUCUGGUUUAAAUGCAGGACUUAACUCAGGAGUGGUUGAAGUAGAUUAAAUUGUAGUGUUCUUGUAUAACUCACCAGUAACCCAUUUAUACAGCAGAGUUACAGUAAGUGUACAUUAAUUGUGUCCUUUGGAGCUGAUGGAAACCCAACAAUAAAAUUUGCAUCACUCAUUGUGUAAAUAGGAAUCA